AUGCUAGAUAGUACAACUUCUCAUAAAAGUCCUUAAUUAUCGAAAUCUAUUAAAUCAAAAUAAGAACUUUAAAGUUUCUAUCAUUAUUCGAAGAUUAUGAAAUUAAAAGAAGUGACUUAAAAGCCAAGUUAAUUAUCUAUAAAUUUUAAUUUAAGUCAAUAAAAUUCGAUUGGACUUCGAUAAAGUGAUCAUAUAAGCAAUUUUGAGUUUUUAAUUUAAUAAAAUUCAAGGCAUAAUUAUCAUAGAUAAAUAAGAGAAUAAUAUCAAUAUCAUUCACAAUCAUAAUUAACAAAAAAUUUGACAGAAAAAAUUAAUUGGUAAAAGUAUAAAGAAAAUCAAAAAAGAAUUGAAUAGGCUCUUAAUAAAUAGAAAUUUAAUCACUCUUUGGAAAACAAUUAAUAAUCUAUAACAAGAAGAAGAGUUUAAAGAUUAUCUUCAGAAACAUCAACUUAAUCCAAAUUCUUUAUAGAAUCUAGACCUACCUCUAAAUUAGGUACUUAACUCUAAAAUUAGAUUAUAUUUGAUUCUAUGUAAAAGAAAUAAUCAAUCAAAGCUGUAAGUACUUAACAUUAAAGUUAAAUUGAUCAAUAUGAUAAUGAAAUUUCACCAAAAAAUAUAAAUUUCGACAAUUUGGUCAAUAAAAUUUUAGAUAAAAAGUAAGAACAAUAAUCAGAUAAUGAUGAAAAUGAAGAUUAUAAUUAGGAGGAAGAAUUUGAAGAAUAUAAAGAUGAAAAAGAAAUUAUUAAUAAAAAUGAGGGAAUAUAUGAAUAAAUUGAAAAAUAAUUAGAUAAUAAUUUAAGAAGAUAAUUAUAAUAAAAAAUUAAGUAGGAUAACAUAAAUAAUUAAUAAAUAUAAACUACAAAUAAAUAAACAAUUCAAAAAUUAUAAUAAACAAAAAAAAAGUUAUAAGCUUCUAUAAAAUAAUAACUGUAAUUUUAAGGGAAUUAAUAAGAAGCAGAUAAAGAAUAAUAAUAAUAAUAAUAAUCUUUAAAUUAAAAUAAUAUCAAUUCCCCUAAAAAAAUCAAUGAUGUUAAAACAAAAAUACAUAAUGAUGAAUAUAUAAAGGUAUUAAGAGAAGAAUAAAAUUAAUAUAAAUAGAAUUAAUUAAUAUUAUAGAAAGAAGAAGAGAAAAAGUAAUAAGCUAAAUUAUUAGAAAUACAGCAAAUUUAAGAGGAAAUAGAAAGAAAAAAAAAUAAAAAGGAAGAAUAUAUUUAUAAUUCUUAAGAAAAUGACAGUGAAGAAUAAUUUAUUAAGAGAUAAUAAUAAUUAAAAUUAGAUUUAAUUGAAUCUUAAAAAAAAGAGUAGGAAAGAUUGUUGAGAGAGUAAUAAUUAUAAUAAAAAGAGAAAGAAGAAUUAUUGAAUAAGGCUAAAAAUUAGGAAGAGAAAGAGAUUGAAGAAAAUAAGAAAAAAGAAAUAGCUUAACUUAUUUAAAAAUAAAAAGAUGAGAUUGAAAAAUAAGCAUAAGAAGAAAUUGCUAAAUAAACUUUGAAAUUAGAAAAGUAAAAAAGUGUCUUAAUAAUUUCAAAAUAGACAAUCUAAGAAAGAAAAAGAUCUUAAGAAGAAAUAGAAACUACAAAUCGACAAAUAAAGAGAGAAAUUGAAUCAAAAAUAUAAAAAUAAAAAGAAGAUGAUGAAAAAGAAGAAUUAGAAUAGUUGAGCUUUGUUGAUUACAUGUUGAGAUCCCAAAAUGUUUAUGAUGUGAAUUAUGAUGUAAAUCUUGUUUAUUUAGAUAUAGAAAUUUAAAUUAUAUGAAGAACAACUAAAGAAAGUUAAAGAGCCCCCAAAUUAUUUGGAGGAAGAUGAAUUGAAUAUAUACAAUUUCUUAAGGAUUUGGAAGUAAGUAAAUAAGAAAGGAUAAAAUAAAAUUUUGAAUAAAUAAAUCAAAGAAAAUCAAGAACCUUCAACUUAAAUUUGA